AUGAUUCAAGUGCAAAUAAGUUCGAGACACUACGCAUACAAGAUCAUCACGAAUUGCCUAGUGGUGAAACAAAUCACAGAACGUUUGCCCAACAUCACAAUGGACAAGCACAGAUUCAAGAUUCCGCAAAACUUACCUUUGGCCGAUCCGGAAUUUUACCGAUCUAUGGAUGUGGAUGUAUUGCUAGGUGCUGAGAUGUUUUGGAGCAUUCUUUGCAUGGGACAAAUCAAGGAGUCCUCAGAGCAUCCUUUGCUUCAAAAAACGUUGUUCGGAUGGAUAAUAGGCGGUAAAUGUCCAAGUAAUGUUGCAACACAAGGAACGACACAAUGUAACCUUUCAGUGAAUCAUACUAGUCUAGAGCAAGCUGUUGAAAGGUUCUGGCAAAUGGAACAAGUUUUGACCAAACCGGUGCUUACAGCCGAAGAGCGAGAAUGUGAAGAACACUUCAACGAAACUCAUCGCCGAACGGAACAAGGCAGAUUCGUGGUACAAUUGCCAAUCAAAAGGGACAAGUUGCAGACACUAGGAUCUUCCUACGACAUAGCGCUGAAACGAUUUUAUUCAAUGGAGCGUAAAUUGAAUCGCCAUCCAGAAAUGAAAAGGGAAUACGCACAGUUUAUGCAAGAAUAUCUAGAGCUCCAGCACAUGCAUCCUGUCACUCUAGAAACUCAAGGAACGUUUCCAGCUUAUUACAUGCCGCAUCAUGCUGUUUUCAAGGAUACUAGCUCCACCACAAAGAUACGUGUCGUGUUCGAUGCUUCCUGUAAGACCGACACAGGAGUGUCACUUAAUGAUAUUCUGAUGGUAGGGCCAACUCUGCAACAAGAUCUCAUUUCCAUUCUAUUCAAGUUUCGUAUUUGGCAGUACGUCCUCACUGGAGAUGUGGCCAAAAUGUACCGACAGGUCUUGAUCAAUGAGUCUCAAUGGGCAUUACAAAGGAUUUUAUGGCGAAACAGCGAUGAAGAAGAAGUGAGGGUUUUUGAGUUAACUACUGUCACAUAUGGCACUGCAUCGGCAUCAUUUCUUGCAGUACGCUCUUUACAAGAGAUUGCGAAGCUGGAGCAGAGCAACAUGCCAAUGGGAUCGGCAAGAAUUCUAUCCGAUUUCUACGUCGACGACCUUUUAACGGGUGCCGACUCAAUUCAGGAUCUCAUUACAAUACGAAAUGAAGUAAAUACAAUCUUAAGUAAAGCGGGUUUUGUUCUACGCAAAUGGGCAUCAAAUGAGCAAGCAAUAUUGAAUGGCAUACCUGCAUCGUCUUCAAAUCAUAUCUUGAACAUCAGCGAGGAUGUAAAUGUACCCACACUUGGUAUGCAAUGGAACUCACAGAGCGAUACGUUUCAGUUUAAUAUUACCACUACUAAACAACUCAAGAUUUCAAAGAGGAGCAUACUCUCCACCAUUGCUCACAUCUUCGAUCCUUUGGGAAUUUUGGGGCCGAUCAUAAUUACGGCAAAAAUCUUUAUGCAACGAUUGUGGCAGUUAAAGGUUGAUUGGGAUGAAGCAGUUCCCAGCGAUAUACAAACUCAAUGGUCACGUUAUGAAUCGGAGCUCCAUGUUUUAAACAACUUCAAAUACCACGAAGUCAUUCCUAAUAACACCAAAAUCAAUAGAAUUAUGUGGCUUUUCAGAUGCCAGCGAAAAGGCAUACGGAGCUUGGUAGCGCCUUUGAAAAAUCUGUCUUUACCACGUUUGGAAUUAUGCGCUGCAUUGCUAUUAGCUCAGCUAGUGCACAAGAUUCUAAAGUCUAUUAAUGUCAAGUUCACGCGAAUAUAUCACUGGUCGGAUUCUACCAUAGCACUUUCAUGGAUAAAAUCUUCUCCUAGGAGAUGGAGCACCUUCGUUGCAAAUCGUGUUAGUGCAAUUCAAGACAUUUCAGAUCCAAACGAUUGGUACCAUAUGGAGUCAUCACGCAAUCCUGCGGACAUCGUUUCGAGAGGCAUGUCGCCAGCAUUGUUACUCAAAGCGGAUUUAUGGUGGAAGGGUCCAACAUGGCACUCGCAAGAUGCAACUGAAUGGUACAUCAAGGAUUUACCUUUGGAUCAAGAGGUACCAGAGCAGAGGAAAACGACAACAGCUGCCAUUACCAAACAGGAAUCGCCAUGGCUAUUCGACAAAUAUUCUACCUUCAACAAAUUAGUUCGAGUUCAUGGAUACAUUUUACGUUUCAUCAAUAAUUGUCACUUCAGCAAACUCAAGCGCAAGGGAAGACUAUCAAGCGAGGAACUCAACAUGGCUAUACAAUCAUUGGUCAAAAUGAUUCAAUCAUCGGCAUUUUUAAGUGAGCUCAAAUGCUUGUGCAAUCAUCAACAGCUACCAAGAAAUAGUAAGCUUGCAUCUCUCAGUCCUUUUCUGGAUGAACAAGGAAUUUUGCGAGUUGGUGGUAGGCUUCAACAUGCUAAUAUACCAUAUUCAGCAAGACAUCAAAUGGUAUUACCUUCUAACCAUUCCUUUACAAGACUGCUAAUACAGCACGAACAUUCCAGGUUACUUCACGCUGGAUCGCAAACAACUUUGGCAUCCUUGCGUCAAGGUUUUUGGCCACUGAAUGGUAGAAAUGCAGUGCGUCAUAUUAUAAGAAGGUGCAUCAAAUGCUUUCGUACAGCCCCAUCGACGGUUCAACCAAUCAUGGGCAACCUACCGAAGCAAAGAGUUCAAAGGUCGCGAGCAUUCUCCAACGUAGGAAUUGACUUUUGCGGCCCAUUUCAGCUUCGUGAAUCAAAGCGACGUAAUGUAAAAACCAUAAAAUCUUACGCCGCCAUUUUCGUAUGCCUGGUGACCAAGGCAGUUCACAUUGAGAUAACCUUUGACUUGUCAGCUGAAGGCUUCAUACAUGUUCUUAAACGUUUCAUUGGACGAAGAGGAAAUCCAACCCACAUUUUUUCCGAUAACGCCACCAACUUCGUAGGCGCGGAUCGAGAAUUAAAGGAGUUUUACAUCAUGUUCACCAAGGAAAAGCACAAAAUAGUUUACGAUUCAAUUAGCCAAAGGAUUCAAUGGCACUUUAUACCACCGAGAGCUCCCAAUUUUGGCGGUAUUUGGGAAGCUGCUGUGCGAUCGUUCAAGACUCACUUUAAACGGGUUGUCGGCACAGCUCUGCUAAUAACUGACGAAAUGCAAACCUUAUCAAUCCAAAUUGAAGCUAUACUAAAUUCCCGUCCUAUCACUGUGCUAUCCAACGAUCUCAAUGAUCUGUCUUACCUAUCUCCCGGGCAUUUUCUCAUUGGAGAUAUACUUACUGGGAUACCGGAACCUGCACUAAUAGAGGUUCAAGAAAACAGGCUUUCCAGAUGGCAACGAGUCGAGCAAAUGCGUCAGCAUCUAUGGAGGAGAUGGUCCAAGGAUUAUCUCAAUCAGUUGCAACAACGAACAAAAUGGAGCACCAAAGACAUUAAUAUCGCUCCUGGUGACAUGGUACUCAUUCGAGAAGAUAAUGUGCCACCAUUGUGCUGGCCUCUUGGUAGGGUGCAGGAAGUUCACCCUGGAGACGAUGGUGUCGUCCGAGCAGCGACAAUUAAAACUGCCAAGGGAAUCUUUAAAAGGCCAUCCAAUAAACUGAGUCUACUUCCCAUGGAGAAAUAA